AUGGGCCCACCUACACAAGCGACAACUCUUUGGAAAGUUAAAGACCUGAUGUCCCCGAUUCUACCAAAUGGAAUGUGGAGGUUAUUCGACAAGUUUUACCCAAUACUUCAGCAUGAGGAUGAGAUACUCAGUUUGAUAUUGAGUGACUCCCCGUUACCGGAUAAGCUGUGGUGGCUCCCAAAGAGAUCUCGAAAGUAUACCACUAAGUCGGGCUAUAGCUUGAGCAAGAUCUUAGCUGAUUCUGUAAGUUCUGACAGUUUCAGUUGGCGUAAGAAUGUGUGGAAAGUGGUCACGUCUCCAAAGAUUAAAAUGUUCUUAUGGAAAACUGUCUGUAAUGCCAUCUCGGUGGGUAAACUGUUGGCAAUCAGAGGAGUGGAAGAUGUAGGAUUCUGCAAACGGUGUGGUGGGGACGAAGAUGUGAUUCACGUCUUAGGCUCCUGCCCAUUCGCACAGAGGGUUUGGGCUCUUGCUCCUAUAACUCCUCUGCCUAACCUGGGGAACCUGGACUCAGUUAAGAAACUGUUGGAGGCCGUAGCGAAGUCGAUUUCUCUGCCACCUGUGGGUUUGGGAACGGCUCCGCUUUACCCAUGGAUUCUGUGGUACCUUUGGAAGGCUCAAAAUUUAUUGCUGUUUGAAAACAGGGUUUGGUCGGAGAAGGAAGUGCUCUUAAAAGUUACUCAGGAAGCUAAGAACUGGGAGCAUGCAUUACAGCUUCAACCGACGAAGAAGAAAGAGCUGAAGCGGCAGGAAGCUGAUCUAGAGAUUCACCCGAAAGCUUGUUUGUGUUUCUCUGAUGCAGCGUGGAAAGAGACAACCAAAGGCUGUGGACUGGAGGCAAUGACUUUAAAAGCGACUAUCAAUGCAUCUUUAGCAAUGAGUGUUGUAAGGCUGGUCUGCAACUCGGACUGUCAAGAUCUUAUUGGUCUUAUCAACUCCGGUGGCCAGGCGAAUGAACUCGAUGGAAUUCUGAAUGAUAUUAGAUUGCUUUCUCUUAGGUUUCUAUCUAUUCUCUUCUGCUUUGUACCUCGCACUAAAAACGCUGAGGCGGAUGCCUUGGCAAAAGCUAGUCUACUCUCUUGUAAUGUCUCCUCCUUGGCCGGAGAUUGA